AUAUGAUACCAUACUUCAGGGCUUGAAAUUUCCACUCGCCUGCUCGCCAAUGGCAAGUGGAAAUUAUGGUGGGGUGAGUGUGUCCCACAGGGCUGUCUUGCUGAGCAGGCUCGGAGCUCAGGCCGGAUCUGUCAGUGGCACUGGGAGCCGUCAGACUGCUCAAUAGCUGAGCGCAGUGAAAGCAAAGGAAGGAGUAUGUGCUGUGCUCUCUGCCUCCCCCUAGAGUGCAGUACCCGCCUCUGUGAGUGAAGAACGUAGUACUGCAACUUUUUAUAGGGCGUGUGUGUGUGUGUACAUGUGUGUAUGUUUGUGUGUGUCUGUGUAUGCAUGUACAUGUGUCUGUGUGUAUGUACAGUACAUGUGUGUAUCUGUACAUGUGUCUGCAUGUAUGUACAUGCAUGUGUGUUUGUGUGUAUGUAUGUACAUGCAUGUGUGUUUGUGUGUAUGUAUGUACAUGUGUUUGUGUGUAUGUACAUAUGUGCGUGUGUAUUUCUGUGUAUGUACA